AUGGCAGAGGAUGCAUCAGAGUAUCUCCCCUCUCUCGGUCAAACGCUUUCCACCUUAGUGGCCUCGUCUCCUUUCUCCUGGCCCUUCAACCGCAAAGCAGAGCUCCUCUCCUAUUUGAUCCUGUGCGUCGCCAAAAUGCCGUUCAUCCCGCCCGUGUCGAUUGCGCGCUCCGCGCCGGGACGCCCCGCGAAGGAGAGACCCGUCGGAAACACUUCACCUGCCGCUACCUUCCCCACGGGCCAAAGGGGGGACAAAGGCGGGAGCGUGAAGGAGCAACUCGCUUCAAACCUCAAGCAGUUGGGUAAGAAGAGCCAACCCAGGAGUUUUCUGCCAACUGCCAAAGCGGCGUCGGGGUCCGAGCUGCACGCAAAGAGAAGGGGGGGACCGCUGCCCUCCUCGCAAACGGACGGCUUCCUGGCCUCCAGGUCGGUGGGGUCGCCGUCUAAGACGCAGCACCACAAACACGUGAGCCAGGGCUUCGCGGAGAGCGAGCCCGGGGCGAAGGCCCAGGCCGGGCGCCAGGAGGAGGUCCGCUUCACGCUGACUCUCGCGCCCGAGGCCGUUCUGCUGCUGCGGCGGAGGAACAGCGAGAGGCGGCAACUUUCGGCGCCCAAAAACGGAGCAGGGGGCGUUUGUGGGAGCGCAUUGGACCCCAGACGCAGGCGGGAAAACGUCUCUAAGAAUCUUCAACCGGUGACCCAGAGACUCGCAACAAGCGGCAGAAACAACGCUGACGCUGAACCGGGAGACAUAAGUUCAAUCGUGAAAAUCUCCCUUCUGAACGAGCGACAUAAGUACGACGAUGUGGAGUACGAGGAGGAGGAGGAGGACCGCGGCGUGGACGAGCGCGUGCUGAUGAAGUGCACCGAGUGGCUGCGCGGGUUGGAGAGCACGCCGGUGAAAGUGGGGCGCGGCCUGAGGAAGAGCGCGAGCGGAGGGGAGCGUUUCUGA